UUUGAUCCUCACUGCGCCCCGUAGCGUAAGUGUAACUAGGAAGUGAUGUGGUUACUAUGAAACACAGGAAGAAAGGCGGUUGUCUAUUAUCGUUGUAGAUAAUGCGCCCUUUUGUGUCUAACUUCUGCCUCAUCAAGAUCUUACUUUAGAAGGUAUAAUCAGGGCCAAAUGGCUCUACCAACCUUGUGUGCACACGCACCCAGCCGUGCCCGUGUGCUGGAGAGACAGAUGGCUCGGCAGCGGGAACAGGAGGCCCGUUUGCGCCAACAGUGGGAGCUGCACUCUCAGUACUUCAAGGAACAGAACGUCCACGGCCGCAAACAGGCAGCCUGGAGCUCCCGCCAGUCCUACCAACAGAGCAUGUCUGCGUACCACGGAGAGCGGGAGAAGGAGGCGCGCCGGCUACGCCUGGAGGAGCGCCGCGGGUGUCUAGCGGUCAUGCUGGAGGAGGAGCGCACGUGCCUGGAGGAGGAGCUGCGGGGGCUGCAGCCCGACCGGAGGUCCCUGCUUGCUCAGCUGGUGCAGAAGACCGAUGCGCUCCGCUCGGCCAGGGAGGACAGGAGGAGGAAGCUUGCCCAGGAGCUUCUGAAGGAAACGUGGAGGAAGAACAAUCCAGAGCUGAGAAAGGUGGAAUCUGAGCUCCAUAAAGACCAUGUCGUCAGCCGCUGGCAGGAGCAGCUGUGUGCGAAAAAAGAGCGCGAGCAGGAAGAGAAGGAGGAAAAGAGGCGCUACGAGAACCAGUUUGAGGAGAGCCGGCGCCUAGCUCUGGAGAGGACCCAGCAGGAGGAGCAGAGGAGAAGAGAGGAGGAGCACACCAGGGCAGCAGAGCUCCGUCAACAGAUGGAGGAGCUGAAGCUCCGUGAGGCCGAGGCCAGUCGGCUGCAGAAGGAACAGGACGCUCUGCUGGCACAGCAGGGGGCGCUGGAGAGACUGGAGGAGGACAGGACGAGAGCAGAAGAGAAGAGGAAGAAAUCAGAGAUGGGACGUUUUCUGGUCCGCCAAUACCGAGCCCAGCUGAAGAGGAGAGCCCAGCAGGUACAGGAGGAGCUGGAGGCUGAUCGCAGGAUCCUGGCGGCGCUACUGGAGGGGGAGCAGGAGGACAGGAAGCUGCAGAGCGAGCGGCGGGAGCGAGCGGCGGCCGACGCCGUGUGGAUGAAGAGGGUCAUCGAGGAGCAGCUCCAGCUGGAGCGGGAGAGGGAGGCGCAGUUCACCCUCCUGUACAGAGAGGAGGCCCAGAGCGUCUGGGAGAAACGUGAGGCCGAGUGGGAGAAGGAGAGGAAAGCACGUGAGCGACUCAUGCGCGAGGUUCUGGAAGGGAGGCGGCAGCAGAUCGAGGCCAAGAUGCGUGGUAACCGCGAGGAGCAGGAGGAGUCUCUCCGCAAGAGGGAGGAGCUGCUGCAGGAGCUUGAGGCGGAGGGGGAGACCCGACGGCAGGAGAAGGAGCGCCAGGAGGAGCACAGGACCGCACGCGUGCAGGAGCUGGACGCACAGGUGGAGGAACAAAGGCGAUGCCAGACGGAGGAGGAGCGGCGCAGAAGGGAGGAGGAAGAGGAGGAGCGGGAGGCUCUUCGUGUCCAGGAAGACGAGUUGAGAAGGGAGACUGAAAGGUUGAGCAGGCUGGGCUUCCAGGAGAAGAUUCACGGCAGACCUCGAUCUGCAUGGACAUGACGAAUUGCCAAGACUGAAGUCCAUGCACGAUAGAAAACCACUUCUGGUCACUCUUCUAGUUUUGAAAUCAAGCACAGCAAUCAGACAACCAUACUUCCUUUAAAACAAAACCAAUAGCCGUUUUCAAUUAUAAAUUAAGUUUAUUUAGAAAAUAUUUUCCUCUGCCGUACUUUAGCUGCAUUAAAUACAUCUCUGGACUAAAGUACAGAGAAGGUCUUUUCUUCAUCACAUUUACAAUUUAAACAACCCCCAUUUUGCACAGUUAUACAAGUAAUUAAUUUUAUAUCCCAUAAAGUUGCACAUUAAAUACAAAUGUGUUAGCCACAGAACAGAGCACGACACACUUAAAUAAGAUCUAAAUAUGUUGAUGCAAAACCAACACUGCUAUAACACACAAGACCACAACAUUAUUACAGUGCAGUGUUAAAAACUAUAAAGCCCAUAAUAGCUAAGGAACAUUGUAGUCGCUGGCCAACGACAAAAUAUGGCUCCUUUCAUCCGUCAUGUGCACUAAUGAGCAACUGAAACAUACGAUGACCACGUGGAAAUAGCUGCACCGAGUGAGUUGUACACACUGUUGGGGCGGAGGGCAGUUGGUUCCGCUUACCUCGGGGCCGGAGAGAGCUUCCUAACACUUGACGGCAGAAUCGGGAGCGAUCGUUUUCACUGUGGAACUCCCUCAACUUCCAAGAGCGUUACCGCAAUGGGUUCCCUUGGCUUCCCGGUAAACGUAUUUGUUAUUUUUGUCCGGCAUAAUCCAUGUGAAUACUGUAUAACUGAGUAUGUACAUUAUGGAUUGAUUAAAUAUUAUAGGAAAAAAAAGUAUAAAAUGUGCAUUCAAAUUCCUGUGUAACGGUUUCUUGAGCGUAGUUUGAAGGCUUCUGUAAACAAACACCUUUACCCAAACUAAAGGAAGGUUGCUUUAACCACCUGAGGAGAGCAACUUAAAAGCACCUCACAUGGAAACAAAGUGGUUGACCUCUGGCUUAUCAACGACAUUCAGACUUGUUCCAAUUUUGGCAUUAAAUGUGAAUCUAUGGUCGAUUCAUAAUCUUCAAUUGUAAACAAAACAAAACAGAACAUGCAUAUACCAACCAAAUGAAUCCGUACAAAAAGAAAAUAUU